GGCAACUGAGCGAGUGCGAUAACUUCAACCGUGUCUGCUGAAAGUUAGUAUCCCAGUUGUUGGGAUCACUCGGCACGGGGAUGGAGUGAUCUAGGCGAGGCGAAGGUGGCUUCAACUUCUCCCGUGCUGCACCUACUACCUUUGUGUGUGUGUGUGUGUUCAUUUCCGGCUACUGUGCUAGAAUACCCUCAAUUCUAGUCUGUAUUACUUUUUCGUGAAUGGAAAUUCUUUUUAUAUUUGCAUAUUCUUGAAAAUAUCAAAAUAAUAAGUCAGCCAUUCUCUCCCUCAUCGUGCCCAGUAUCUAAAAUUAGAAAUAAAGUAAAAAUAUAGAUAUAUAGAAAAAUAUUCAUUGGUUGUUUUCAAAUGCAUUUGUAUAUUAAUAAGGUGAACGCUUAGUCCAGUUAAUCCAUAGUUUAAUAUUUACCUGUAAAUAGUCGUGCCACUGUAGGAAUUCAGCGCCUAACAGUCAUAGAAACUUAUGCAAUAGAAAACUCGCUCAUGAAUUAACUUCACACACGUGCGACGAGCAAAGACAACAACAACUACUACUACCUACUACUACUACCACUACUCCUAGUACUUCUUCUACAACUCCAACAACCACAGCAAUCAAGUAGCCACCAUGUUUGGCAUGCUGAAUCCCGUCAGUGCAGUCACCAGCCAGUUACCCGGCGGUGGUGACGGUGGUGAUGAAGGUGAUAAGGAGAAGGAGGAGGAGGCCGAGCGCGAGCGGUUGGAGGCAAUCCGGGAGGCGGAGGACAGACGCAAGGAGAAGCACAGGAAGUUGGAGGAAGAGCGAGAAGGCAUGAGGCAGGGCAUCCGAGAUAAGUACAAUAUCAAGAAGAAGGAGGAAAUCGUCCCUGAGGAACCCCAAAUGCCCGACAACCCUCUCAUGAGGAAGAAGAAAACCCCCGAGGAACUUGCUGCAGAAGCCGAGGCCGAAGAUCAGGAUGAGUUCACGAAAUUGAAAAACACCAUAGAAACACAAAUUAAUGAGGUGAAACAGCAGAUAGAAGAAAAAUUUCACAUUCUUAGCGGUGGGAAGUGUAUCCUCCAGUGAACCCCUUCCUCAUUCGAGGGGGAGGACGAGAGAGAAAAAGAGAGAGAGAGAGAGAAAAGAGAGAGAAAACGCGAUUGUGGAGGGCUGCCGCCGCUAUGCAAAUUACAAGGCCUAAAUAAUGUGUCACCGCUGUUUUAGAGGCGACCGAUUAUCACUUAUCUCUUUCUCCUCUGGCCACCGGUACUGCUGACCUCUCCUCUAGGUUAACCGUGACCUGGAUCCCUAAGACUGUUCAACUACGGUGACCUCAAAUGACCACAGCUGCAAGAGCUGCAAAGUCUGGAAAACAGAAAAUUGACUACUGAUAUCGUCGGUCCAUCGGUCAUCUUAAUGUUCCAGAUAUUCAAGCUGAUUCUGAGAUUUACACCACCAUAUGUCUCUGUCUUCAUUUAUAUAUAGUAUAUAUAUAUAUAUUAUAAAAUCAGGUAAACAUUAAAAAACUUACAAGUUAUUUCUUUAUUUUCUCGCGGUAAAAAAAAAUAUAGGGAAUCUUAACUGCGGAAUGAGAUAUCAACUGAAUGAAACCAAUUACUGAAGGGGAAUUCUCUGUGAAACCCGUUUAGUAAUGAAUAAUUUAGUCUGACGUCAGUCAGUACUUUUUUUUAUAAAUCAAAUAUUGAACUAGAUUAACCUAUUUCCAGUGGUACAAUUUAAAUACAAGUGAAUAGAACCAGGAUAUCUAUGGAAAAUGCCAGAGUUUUUUUUUCUCGUAAAGCAUUUCUUUGGUGCUUUCUUAAAUUGUUUUGUACCCAUGUCAGUUUACAAUUGUUACUUGUUACUCUAUUUGUAAAAAACGCAAAAAUUGUAGUUUUAUGAAAAUACCUUUUUAUUAGAAAAAUAUGCUUAUAUAAUUUAUAAUGUAUAGAUUAAUAUUAUGUUAAAUUCUAGUCAAGUGAACAUAAUCCAUAUGAAAGUAACGGACUUCAGGUAAUAAAUUUACAUGCAACCUAACUUAAAUAAUACUAAAAUUGUCUGAAUUUUCUACGUCCUCCAACUGUCCGUAAAUAUAAUCUCACUGUCUCAUUUACCUGUAAGCUGUAAUAUCUUUUGUAUCUUGGAGCUAAAUCUACCACAUUGAAAUUGGACCCUCACGUUGACCUGUUUGAGGAGAGCCACUGCAAAGGUUAGAUCCCUCAUUGGGAGUGUUAUCACCAAGAAGUCUUAUGAGUGUACUGUUUGCCUCACAUCCCCCUAGAGGGCAGGCCAGUCACUACCGGUCCCAGUUACUCAGUUCAAGUUGUUACCGAUGUGUAACCCAACAAAAUCGUCGAUCAUCGAAUUCUCCGUUUGUCUAGCUUGUUUAUUAUCCGUGUGUUACUGAAGUUGAGGUUACUUUUUAUGAAAUUAAAAUUACUAUGUUAAGGUCAGGGCAUUAAACUGCAUGUAGAAGCAAUUAGCCUUUGUCCGCUCACCCAUGCUCGAAAACUAAUUCUUUUUAGUAAUUGGUCCAAAGCAGUCAUCAAUUUUGGUUUCCUUACUAUUCAGCGUAUAUUUUGCCGUUUAUUUUUCUCAUCGUGUUCUAAGGGUAUGAUGAUUUCUGUUUAAGUGCAAUACAUUUCUGUGAUGGUGAAUAUGACUACACAAUGUAACAGUUUUAUUGGAACUGAUUAUUUUAAGCUAAAGUGAUAACGUCACUUUGAGUCACAGCUAAGGAUCCGGUUAAUUGCCUAUGAGUUAUUAGAUGACCUCAAACACGUUAGCAUAUAUAUGCCUUGAUUGUUAUCUUUUGGUAUCUUUAAGAUGAAAAAAAUUGUACAAACGUUUAGAAAUUGUAAUAAAAAAUCCUAAACUGCACAUGUUAUGUGUCGUCAUUUUUACAUUGUAGUAAGAUGUAUUGUAUUGAUUCAUGUCUGUGAGAGAUUGAUUGAACCAUUUUUAUUUCUUUCCAUAUGUUAAGCCAUGUUUUGAGACGAUUUUUGUGCAAUUCCUUCGUUAAAAUCUUGUAUAUGUUGUGUAUAUAUGAGGUGUAACCUUUGACAUAUAACUGGCUGAACCUUGUCUCGCUUGGCUGGACAGAUCACUCCCAGAGCUUUGCUUCUCUUUUGCUGCGUUGAGAACCUCCGAUCUCGUGAUCAUUUUGUAUUUCAUCCAAAGCCAGGGACUGAUUUCCCUACAUCUUUGCGACUAUUAAUUGUUAUGAAUUCGGAAACAACAGUGAUCUGUGAUGACAGCCUAGUUUUUGACCACUAUACUAAUACAAUAUCUUCUUGUUUUAACGUUGAACUUGACCAGUUUCUGUUGUGCCCCAAAUUGCAAAGGAAGAGGAAUGGCAUACAUGGAGAGCACUCUGCUGUCUCCGGUGAUCAAAUCAUUGAAAUCAUAUCACUAUCGAAGGACCUAUAUUGCCACUGUUAACAUGAAAUAUGACAGCUGUCAUUUCCCACUGAUGUUCGGUGGAUAAGGACGAUUCGGGAACUAUAAAGCAAUGAAUACUUUCUCAAACUUUAAGAGUGGAUUGGCAACAGGACUUAUCCAGUUUUGUAUGAAACCUGUUCUCUUAAGAAUAUGACGAGUAGCACUCGGCAUUAUCCAAAUUCGAAUGAGGGCUGGGUGUCACUGUACAUAUAUGCGUACAUACUACUAUCCCCACGUCUCCAGGCAUUUCGAACUUGAAUAGUGCCACAGUGAAUUAGUUCUAGUCUGCUAAUGUAAAUAAGGUAGGUUUAGAAUCCCUCUUGAACCAACAUUAUGUUCAGAAGUAUGGGUCGGAUUACUGUGUAACAGGUGAAGUAGAAAGUAGGAGUCCGUGUGUUUUGAGGUAAUCAAUGGAGUGUUCCUCUUCAAACAAAAAUCUGUCCGAGAUGCACUAUUUUCUAACUUCAUUCAUGCAUACUCCGGGGAAAUUUUGCACUCUGGACGAACUUGAUGUUUCACAACUAAUACUUUAUAUAAGAAGCAAUGCAGUUUAGAUGUAUAUAUAGAUUAGUAUUUUGAUGAUGUUUCACAACUAACGAAGUCCAACCUUUUAGGCCUUUGCGUUCCCUCGCUGCGCGUUGACUGGACCUGCGUAGCGAGGGACGAACGCAAGCUACACAUGGAUAUGUACUAUAAUAGAAUUAUUCACAAAACUUGCAAUCCACAGUACAGUAUUUCGAUCAAAACGCCAUCAAGAUGGAAGAGGAUAAGAGAAGUCGGGUGCUGGAUGUUUCUUACAUUCUAUGCUACUACUCUCAAUGUCUCACAAAUGUAUAGCACAAGCAAAGUUACUGAUGAAUCGUUCAGUUAAAUGAAUACGCGCUGAUAUUUGGCGACAGUUGCUCUACCUGCAGCAGACACAUUUUCCUUCUCUGCCCGACACAUUUCAUUGUACUUGAGGUGGUCCUUUGGAAUGAUAUGAGAGUAGUGAUUUAAAUCAAGACUGACAACCCAUCCCGCAAAAUUGGAAUCAUCAUCUAUAGUAGCUACACCGAAUCCUCAGCAUCACUUCUUAACGCUAUCACAUGAAGCAUCAUAUCAGAUAAUCGUGAACUGUGAUCUCCUCCUGCAAAUUCUCUAAAUGUACUUUAUCGAGCAGUGCUUUUCCUCAGUAGAUCGUGGUCCCUAGACGAAUAAAUAGAUUAAAUAUAAACCACUCUUAAAAAGUAUUAACAUUGCUAACUUUUAUACGCAAACAUUCCUAUACGCUCCUUCUUAUGACAAUUCUCUGUUGAAGGAUUCGUCUCAUAGAAAAACGGAAGCUCUGGAGGAGUCUGUCCCGCGAAAGCGAGAAAAUAAAUUUGUAGACUUGGCUUACUGAGAAUCAUACCCCACCCCUUAAUCCUGUUUUCUUGUUUUGUUUUCCUUUUCAUCUAGACAAGUUGUUCUGACCCUUGUUGUUAACUAACGUUGUUGUUGAUUUGAUAGCCAGAUAAUACUAGUCAAUACUUAUUGUUAGUCACUGUAAUCUGGUAGGAAAUACAGACCCCAAACUGUCUUUGUAUCAGUGAGCUCUUGGAGGGAGUAAACUUGUCAAAGGAAUUAAUACUGAAACUUUCUCUUAAACAAUUGGCCUUCGUAAUGUUUUUGAAUGGAAAUUAACUUCAGCUUUUCUGCCUAAUGUUCAACCUGGUUGCUGUCUCAAAAGAAACUUUCUCCCAGAAAAGAGGCUAAAUUGCUUCGUGAAAUCCAGAACGCAUCAAGCUGCCAGUACUAAAGAAAUCAUUCUUGAAGGUUACGAUAUAUUUGGACCUUCCUGCAAGAGCCCGCUGAUCUGUGUUCCCUUGGUCUUUGACAGGUCAGUCGAAAGACACAAGGCCCUCAGUUGUAAGAAAUAUUAAAGAAGUGCUGUUUUGAUUGGCUGUUUCAUGUCAGUUGAGUACAGGAAUGGUAUGUGUCCAGGACGGAUAUUCUUACCUGAUUUAUAAAUAUGUAUUGUACAUGUUUUGUGAACUGUUUUUGUCUUAGGAUUGAGACGAUGAUACUACUUAUGAUAAUUUUGGUAAUAAAAGGAAAUUCCUUCGAUGUCAGUAUGACAUUACUUUUAUGUGUAGAAAUGUUUAUUAUGUAUAUUAAGUAUUUAUGCGGAAUCAUGAGAAUUUCAUUCAAACUGUUGUUGUUCAUUAUCAGAUAGAAGUCCUCUGCUGUCAAAGUGAUAUGUAUAUUACCUUUAGAUAUAUAU